CCCUGAAAAGCAGCAGCAGCAGAACAGACAGUUACAACUUUAUCACAAGCCAUGGACAACCAAAUUAACGAAGCGCAUCGUUGUUGCCAUGGUGGACAACAACAGCAACAACACGCCGACGUGGUCACCGUCACCGAAAAAUGCGACCCUUUCGCCGCCACGGCCGCUGUCGAAACGACAGACACUUUCGAACUCGGUGGCGGAGGACUCGUCGGAAAGCGACCCCUCGUCUUCGAUAAGAUGGAGAGCCUGGUGCGAGAGAUGCAGGAUCCCGAGAACGGGGUGCCAGUGAGGAGUCAAAAGUUGUUCCUCACUUCCAUUCCGUCAGCUUUUAUGGGUUACGACAUGAUCGAGUGGCUGAUGGAACGUUUAAAUAUUGAAGACUCCGUCGAGGCGAUCCACAUGGCCAAUCUUCUGUGUCAGCAUGGCUACUUCUUCCCAGUGGGCGAAUGCAACAAGAGCCUCUCCGUCAAGGACGACAGCUCCCUCUAUCGCUUCCAGACGCCCUAUUAUUGGGCGUCGCAGAAUCACAGUCCGGAAAACAGCGAGUACGUCAUCUACCUGUAUAAGCGCUCGUUACGUAACAAGCAGAAACAUGGGCUUGAGGAAUACGAACUGGAGGCGCUCAGUCGACUCAAGAGGCAGAUGGCCCAUAAAUGGGAAUUCAUCGUCAUGCAAGCGGAAGAACAGGUGAGAUUGGCCAAAGAUCGGAAAAAAGGCGACAAGAUCGUAACGGAUAGCCAGGAGCGGGCUUAUUGGAGGGCGUACAGGCCGCCACCCAGUUUCCUCAAUUGCCUGGAACAGCCGCCUUUCCCUACCAACUCGUCGUGGACAUCGUCGGCGCCAACUUCGAAUCAGCGGGACGAUGCGGCAGGCACGUCUUGCACAACCGCAUCCGCUAAUUUCAUCAGGAAGUGGAAGAAUGUCGAAGAAAUCAAGACCGAGGUGGAGUUUGUAAGGGGACAGCUGAUAAGGGCGAGGAUUAAGGUGUCGGUGGCAGCCGAGACGUUGCAGCAACACUGCGCCACCUACAGCGAAUAUGAUCCGUUUCUUCAUGCGCCUCAACCGUCUAAUCCUUGGCUAUCGGAUGAUCCAACAUACUGGAUACUCAACGCCGCCUUAGUGGAAGUGCCAACGGAGAAGCGAGCCAAACGUUGGGCGAUUUCCAUCGAAGAUCUCGUAACAGACCAGACCGGUUUGCAAGAGUUGACAAACUACCUCCGCAAAGAGUACAGUCACGAAAACAUCCGGUUCUGGUUGGCUACCAAUCAGCUGAGAAGUGGACCUGCUUCCAAGAUCCUUCAUCGCGUCCAAGAAAUUUACCAAGAAUUUUUGGCGCCUGGAGCUCCGUGCGAGAUCAAUAUCGACGGGCGAACAAUGGAUCUUGUCCAGCACGAGAUGAAACGUCCGUCUCGCUUUACCUUCGACCGGGCAGCUGAGCACGUUUACAAUUUACUGCUGAAAAAGGAUUGCUACCCUCGAUUUGUCCGAUCUGAUCAUUACAAACAGCUGCUGGCUAACGCCCUCCAGCCUUCCCAGAAGAAAAGGUUCUUCAGCUUUGGUGCGACGGGCAAGAAGAAAUCGAUCGUAGCGGCGACGUCAGGAAUCACUGGAAUGGGACAGCCCGUCGGGAAUAUGCAGCAACUGAACAUUUCAUGCGGAUCCAGCGCCAUUAGACGAAGGGGAAGUGUCGGCGAGCGGAGUCUGUCCGGUUCACCUCCGGAUCACCCGCAUCAGCAGACACUUGGCGUUUCAUCGACAAACACAAGUCUCUUGUUGGCCAGUUCAUCGGCCACAACUGCAGCCGCUUCAGCCGGAAUCAAUAGCAGUCCGGCCAUCGGCUCUUCCGCCGGAAGCUGCACCAACGUCAGCAUGGCUCCCAGCGACGAAUGCGAUACACCUUAUCGUGGGGAUAUGCCGUCUCAACGUACGACAUCUACCGUUCAACUGGUCUCUCCUCUUGCUCCUCCUCCUCUUAGUCCUCCACCACCUCCACUGCUGCAAUCGAGCAGUACAAGCGAUUCGACGCCGAUUCUUCCGGCGGAAGAUAACGUCUGCCCUUGGGAGUCGAUUAGCUCGCCACCGCCGAUCAGCGUCGCAAGCAGCCGGACGAAGAGCAUCCUGUCGACUCCGGGUCCGUCGGUCGACCAGACGGAACCGCAGACGCCGAAUGUUAGCAGCCCGUCAGCGAAGAAGAGCAGCUUCUCGUGUAGUGUCGACAGCGGCCAUCUGUCGACGGAUGUCUGUCCUUGGGAAUUCGGCCAGCGCAGUGCUUCCGGCGGCUUCCUCCGGCGGUACUCGCACCAAAAUUCCCGUUCCACAGCCAAAGAGUUCGACCGAAGUGGUGGCGCUGGGCGACGUAGUUUGUCCAUGGGAGUCGCAAGAGCCGGAAACUGCGAAAGUUGCAACAAUUAAACCGCCGAGUGAAGUGACAGUGGUCGUGUUGCAUCCAUCAAAACAAGCAUCGCCCGUUAUUAGCCUGGCCGGCAGUAGUAGUGGCGGUGGUGGCAGCGGUCAUUGCCGAAAAGAAUCCGCCUCCGGCAUCGCUGUGCCGGAAUCCGGAACUGAGCAAUCGCAAGCGGAUAAAUCAUCAUCUAAAAUCAGCGAUAUCUGCCCGUGGGAAGACGACACCUUAACGCCCACCUGGCUUUAACUUGAAUGGGAUAUUGUGUGCUGUUCAUUGUACGAUGUAUUUUGCCUGCCCUUCAAAAACAAUCCCAAAUUCUUAGAAAACAAAAAAAGAAAUGAUUUUUAUAAAUAAAAAAUAAACAAAAAUCCUCUCCCCACCUGCCCAAAAGUUUAAAUCCAAAUCAAAAACCCUUGGAAAAUCCGCUCAUUUUUCCUACACCCACUCAAAUGCGAACUUCGCUCUGUCUCUUCGUACACUCACGAACACCAAGCGCGCACCUUUCAAUUUCUUGCUCCUUAACUCAAAUGUCAAAAGAGAAAGCUGUAAACUGGAUCAGCCAUUCGUCAAGACCUACGCCACACUAGGCUAUUUGUGACGCAUUGUAGGCGGAAAAAUAUAUCGCCAACGCAUCUCGUCCUCUUCCGGAAAUCCGGGACUAGGAGGAGGAAGCACAAAUAUUUAAAAAACAAAACAGAAAAAGAAAAAAAACAACAAAAAAUCUAAGAAAAAGAAAAAAAAAUAAUCAUGUUGUAUUAAUCAAGUUGUAGAGAUAAUGUCUUGUCAAUCAUGUCUUGUCAUUGCCAUUGGUUUCGAAUGCUCCGUUAAUUCCCUUUUCCUCCUUCCUCUACCACUACCCCCUCCACCUACCAUUUUUCGUUUUCUUUUUGAAGUUAAAUCGUGUCACGAUACGCUACUCUUUGAUCGACAAGAAAAGAAAAAUAUCGAAUCAAAAUCUGAGCCCAAUAGGAUUUGAUUGACAUUUUUUUUUUGUUCCCUAAAAUCAUAGAGGCGGUCGUUAUAAAAAAAGCGGAAAAGAUCACGUGAUUUUUUUUUGAAUCGAUCAAAAACGUUUGAAAAUCGACUUUCCCAACGGCCCAAUUUUCAGAGUCAUUCGCCACUUCAAACACCAAAAAUAAUGAUAUUCGAUAUUCACGCAUUAUUUUUUUUGUAAUUGAAAAAAAUUAUUCGUCAAAUCAAUGUUUAUUGCUAUCUUACGUGUGUGCGUGUUGUGUAUUUGGCUUUUCACCGGCGAAUCGAGUUUCUGUCUCUUCGUUUCCGCCGACACUUUCUAUUCCGCCUGGCUUCCGUGUCACACGCGCGUUCGCUUCGCUGUUGUGUGUGUUCCUUCUUUUUACUUCGAUAAAGAGAAGAAGAAAACUAAAAAAUUAAGAAAACAAACAAAAAAAUGAUAAAAUUUCGAAAAUUAUAAUAAUAUUUCACCUACAAUUUUCACCCCAUACAAAAAAAAAAAAAUUAAUUCAAGUUUAGUCUUUAGAUUUAUCGGUAUCUUGAAAAAUUAAAAAAAUAAAAUGUGUUGUAAAAACAGCCGGUUGGUGAUUUGAUUCCACGUCCACGUUUAAGUGCGAAAACGUGGACGUACAAAGCAUCUCUUUCUUAAUUAGAAAACAAUCAAAUCACCUUCAACCUGUUUUCUACCAACAACCCAAAAAAAAGGAACAAUUCUCUGUCAAAUUAGUUGUGAUGGCGUCUGUCUGUGCUUUCUGUUCUCUAUUUCGUUUACAUUCGUGUCUCGUCGUUGUCAAAUUGUGUGGUAAUUAUUUUCUAAUUUCUCAAAAUGAAUGCAAAAAAUUACUAACAAAAAAAAUGUUGAAAUGGCGUUUGAACUGGAAUUGGAAUCGGUUGGUCGAAACGUCCAAACAAAUUAGAGAACAGCGCGAGAAAUCAAACGACUGCAAAAAUAUCCGCUAGAGCGAUCAAAAAGAAAACGAAAAUGAAUUGAAAUAAAACAAACAAAAAAAACUAAUUAGAUUAUCGAUUACUGAAUUUUCUGUUUCUGUCAUAAUUUUAGGACCAAAAUUCUAUUUCGUGUCCCUACCCAAUUUUUCCAAUCGCGUUCUUAAAAAUGAACUACUCGCUGACGUAGAUUUCUUCUCCCAUGCUUCAUAAAAUUUUCCAUUUUUCUCGUCUUGAUUGAAGCGAUUUAAGUAUAAGUUCAACAAACAAAUAAACAAAAACAAACAGAAAAAAAAACCCC